ACAAUUAAAAAGAGAGUUAAAAAGGGGGUUUAGGGUUUGUCUUCUCCUACGCCUGCUGGAUUUUCCCCCCUCUCCUCUUCGAAUUCGUAAGAUUGAAGGUUUAUGAUCUUUCAAUUAUUCAUUUAUUCAAGUUCAUGCCUUGUGCCAGUUUGAUUUUGGAUUGAUGUUGGGAGGGAUUGAUAUUGGUUGAGAGUUUCCACUUAUGUUUUGUUUGUGGCUUAACAGUAAAUGAUUUGAUUCUCCUUUCUCCACCGACGUGUGUAAACAGAAAAAUUUGUACUGUGGCAGGCUAGUUAAGUGGAAGAUAGUGGUGUAUUGAACGAGAAAUGCCUCAUUCACUCGAGGGAUUUAUAUUUGUACUUUUUCACGUUCUCGUCAUCAUUAUGAAAUGGCCGAUUUUCUGCCUGAGUAGUAUGGUCGAGAGUAAAGUUUUAAAUGUUGGGGAGGAGCUAUGGAGGGAAACAUUACCAUUACAGAUGGGUUCUCGCUUGUAUCGUCUUCAAGGACUCAAACCUGAUACGUGGAAACAACAGAUACCUGCUAGCUUCUCGUUAGAACUAAAGAGAGACUUGACAAGCCCUGUUGAGAAGCAGAGCAGAAAGUUACUUGAUACUGAGAAGCUUAUUUUCAAGACAGAGGGCAUGAAGUUGCAGGGAGAUCAGGUUGAUGCGCAUGUGUUGGUAACUGUGAAAUCCGAGGGAGUUGUUGCCAUACCAUCUGUACGGGAAAGGGAGUCGAUCGUCUUCAAUAUAGUUUGUGACGAACUACUUAUUGGCAUCCCACACAAAGCUUGGGGGGUUGGAGGCUUGGUUAUAUUCUGCUUGAUAUUGGCAUUCAUCAUCCCAUCUCUUUUACCCCCAUGGCUGUUACAGACCAACCAGACCCAAGGGCCAGGAAAUCAUCACGCAUCCAAGAAUUCUUAAAUUGGCUAGUCUAUCUAAGAUCUUGUGCAACAGCUCGAAGGCUGUAAGGAUGGAGAAGUUAUUGUAGAGUGUUAAGCUGUCUGCUGCUCGAACUAACUGCCUUUUAUCUCACACGGAUUUCUUUAUAAUGGACCUUGAGAAGGAAAACAUGUAAGCUUCUGGUCCAUUAUCAAGAUUUUGGUUCUCCUUUGUUCAUUUGUCCAUAAAGCACUUUACUACUUCUGUCGAUCAUUUUUGUUUUGUUGAGUUCAAUGAUAUGUAGGGUGAAGGUUUCAAACCUUGCUCCUUGACUGAUGGUUUAUAUCAAAAUGUUGAGAAGUUUGUUCA